AUGGACCACCCUGGCGCGUCGAUGAGCGAAUGGGCCGUUGUCGGUUCGCGAGAGGGCGUCGCGGCCGUCCUUUUUGGGGCUUUGAAGGGCUUGUUUUCUGCAGCCCUCGCUGCCCUUCCACUUAUCGCCUCCCAUGAAUUCGCGCCAGAUUCCCCAGACGUCGCCGCGCUGCUUGUUCAGACGCGCGGCCUGCAGUCUUGGGGAGGGCGCCUCGGCCACCAGGGCAAUCUCCGCCUCAGUCUCAAGGUUUUCCGCGGAGUUUGCCGCGGUUCCGAGUUCGUCUGCUGGGGCGCUUUCAGAACAGAUGGUGGCCCGAAAUUUCCAGAUGCGGUGGAUCUGGAUACAAGGUUUGCCCGCAAAGAUGGGCUGCGCCACCUGGCAGGCCAACAGGUGCAAGGCCACCAUUGA